UUUGUUUUUGGAUAUCUUGAUCGCUUCUCUAGUGAGUGUGUUCUUUCUCGCACAAGGACGCUGAGCAUGGAGAAUGAUGGUAGAUCCAGUGAGAAAAAUCUAUACGAGGUUCUUGGUGUGGAAUCAACAGCAUCUCCACAGGAGAUAAGGAAGGCAUACCAUAAGCUAGCAUUGAGGCUUCAUCCUGAUAAAAACAAGGAUGAUGAGGAUGCUAAAGAGAAAUUUCAGCAGCUGCAAAAGGUAAUAUCAAUCCUCGGUGAUGAAGAGAAAAGGGCAGUCUAUGAUCAAACUGGCUCGGUUGAUGAUGCUGAUCUAUCAGGAGACGUGGUUGACAACUUGAGAGACUUCUUCAGGGCUAUGUACAAGAAGGUCACUGAGGAAGAUAUUGAAGAGUUUGAGGCAAACUACAGGGGAUCUGAAUCCGAAAAAAAUGAUUUGAUUGAGCUCUAUAAGAAGUUCAAGGGUAAAAUGAGCAGGCUUUUCUGCUCAAUGCUUUGCUCAAACCCCAAGCUUGAUUCACACCGUUUCAAGGACAUUAUUGAUGAGGCCAUUGCAGUGGGAGAAGUGAAAUCAACAAAAGCUUACAAGAAAUGGGCAAAGGAAAUUUCUGAAAUAGAACCUCCCACUAAUCCUCAGAAAAUGAGACGGAAAGUAGCAAAGGGUGCAGAUAAAGAUUUAUACGCAAUGAUAUCCCAGCGAAGAGAUGAGAGGAAAGAGAAGUUCGAUACAUUGUUCUCGUCACUUGUCUCUAGGUAUGGUAGCAGUGCCGACUCUGAGCCAAACGAAGAAGAGUUCGAAGCUGCACAGAGAAAAGUUGAAAGCAGGAGAUCAUCAAAAAAGUCAAGGAAAAAGUAAGAGAACGUAGUGGAUUGUGAUAGAGUGCUAAAGUCUAGCCUCUAGUUCCUUGUGUUUGUAAUGGAAACCAAUGUUGGCGGAAAAUGAAUCACAUGUUUGCUUCUUAAGGUUAAAAAACUUGUAGGUGUUAACAGUGUUUCUGAAUCUGUAUCGUAAAUUCUACUCAAAACACAAUGUUCGUGAAUCUGUAUCGUAAAUUCUACUCUCUCUCCUCUUUUGCAAAUAUAUA